UGUAUCCUGUUCAAAUUUUGUCACUUGAUGGAAGUAAAUGCUGUAUUGUCCUGGUACCCGUUAUGACAGUCGAGAAGUGUCACUCAGGAUUGACGGCAAUACUGCAGCAGCAUGUCGAUUAUUUUUGGGUUGUGCUGCGUAAUUUUGGUUCGGCAAAAUACAGCAACGGCAAGUGAUAAUGAAGGUGUACUCGAGAAAAUAAAGAAUGGGAUAAAAUACAGCAAAAAUUACCUCGAUACGGCGAAAGAAAUAGCGGAUCUUGUGGCAGAAAGUCUGGGACACAAACUACGAAAGCCAAAGGGUGAUCAGAAUAAUGAAUUCCAUAAAUCAUCGAAACCGCUGGACUCUGGAAAUAUUGCAUCGGCCUUUUUUCGCCUCCUUGGCUUGGAUUCAACGAGAAUAGCAGCCAUCGCAGUUAACAGCGCUAUUUUUCUCGCACACAUGAUCAGCUCAUUAUUUAAUAUCAAUGCGGGGAGAAGUACUGGACGAGACACUCAGGAGCCCCCAAAUAUGUUCAAUCUCCUGGGAUUUUUCAUGAAUACGAAGAAUGAAAGGCUUCAUAAUUUAGUGCAACAAGCUCAGAGCCCUGACCUUCCGAAGCAACUUAUUGAUCAUGUGGAUGUUUUGGAUUCAGCAUGUAUCAGGUUACUGUUGUGUAAAAUUUCGCCAGUCAUAUCAGCUGUGCAGAAAUCAUUAAAUGAUCAGUUGAGUAACAACCGACGGCAAUUGACAUCGUGGUUACCGAAGCGAGAAACUUUUGAGAAAAAUUCCCACGUCUGCGAGAAAAGAUAUCUCGAUUGUAAUAUUUUUCCGGAAAUGGAUGAUGAUCCUAAAGAUUGGUAGAGGCCAUUCAAUAUCAUCGUUAUAUGUCCGGGAAAGUUCAGAGGGAAUUUUCUACAGUGACCGUCACUUUCCCCGGAAGGGGAUUGGUAUUGACGUGGGAAGAGGGAGUUUAGAUCGUAGAAUAAAUAUUUCUAUUGGUUUUAUUUUCAUUAUUGGAACAUUAUACAACUAGAAAUACAUAGAUUUGGGAAGCACGUAAUUUGCAACUUGCACAGAUGGCAAGUAAUUAUACAUUUAAAAAAACUCAAAGUAGAACUAAAUUUACUGGCUAAAGGACGGUGUGACUAGAUCACUGGGAUUUUCGUUAUUCGAUAGUUUAAUGAAUUGCAUGGAAGAUCAACACUGAUUGGUCUAAUUUAUAAUAUAUCAUCUCAUUUUCCUGCAUGAUUAUUUCAACUUUCAAAAGUGAUUCCAUAUUUAUUUCAAAGUGCCCUUAGAGGUACUGAAACUAUGAGGAUCCAAUACUUUAAGAAGAUGUAAAGUUGUUUUGGAGUUUUGGUUCUACUCUGUGUGUUGCAAUUUUCCCUAGUGAAAUGUUCGAUUGGUGAACUAAUUUGGUGAAUUCGAGAUACUUGACAGGCAAUUACAAAAUUUGAAAAACAGCUACAUCAAAAUUAUUGAGUUGACACUGAAGUAAAUGUGGCACAUCGCACCUAAAAUGGGAAGUAUUUUAUCUCAAAUAGAUCAACGACGGAUCUUCACCCUCGUAUGCUGGAAAAAAAUUUAAUCAAUUUCCAGGAGGGUGAGACAGUCUGACUCAUUUGAUGUGAAAUUCCCCGUAUACCGUCUAAUUGACUCAAAUGUAAUUAUAAAAAAACAGCGAUAUUCUUUCAGGAAUAUAUAGUCCUGUUCCUUCGUCAAUCAUUGAGUUACCCGAGGCAACUUUUAAUGUAGUGGGGGCAUGAUUACAAAUGUUUAGAAGUCAACUGAAACUACUGAUCAUUAUUAAAGUGAUAAAUAAAUUGUGAGUGAAAUAAAAUUGGAAUUCAACUUUACUAUUGCGCUGUCAUUUGUUAUUUGUAAUGAACCCUCUAAGGGUUAAUUCCUGUCAGUCAGCUAUGAAUCGGGGGGAAAAUUUCUUAUUUGAAAAGUCAUUGAUUCAGGGAAAAAUGAGGUGUUUUAUAUUUCAAAGUGUCGCCUCGCUAGGACUGAUAGGAUCGGUCGAUUCCAUGCGAGCCUGU